AUGAGCAUAGAUGUUGAUGAUUCCGGAGUCUUUUCAAGACUUCAACUGGCAAGAGCUCUUAAAGAGGAUCUCGAUAACCCCUUGGCAGAACCGCCAGAUAACAGUGCAAUCUUUUCACGACAACGAGCCAGAAAGUCAGACGCACCUGUUGGUCAAUUCUACAUACCACGUCCAACAACUUUACUUACUCCUCCCAUCCUGAGUACAAUUGAACCACAAAACAAUGAACCGCAACACCUCCAAGAAGACAAAAGGAAUUCGACACAACCUCCAAAUGCAAACGUAAGGGGCAGUGUCGUCGUACCUAGCCACGAAGAAAGACGUGGCAGUCUAGGGAAACCAGCCACUUUGUUAGACAUAAGAAAAUCAAUGCUGGAUACUCGACAAAGUAUUCACAACAUGCUACCCUUUUCGCCAGCUUCCAGUCAAAGAACCUCUCAAAUUCUUCAACAACAAAAGUCUCUUCCUAAUCUAUCGCAAACAAAACAAUCACAGGGAGCUUCUAGAAUGAGCACCGUAUCUAAUAAUAAUUCUCGACAAAGUUCAUUAUCCACAAACUCGUCGAGACCAACGUCAUCACAUAAUCCUGCAUCCCGUCCAACUUCAACAUUUAGGUUAAGCAAAUCCUUUAUUCCUCAGGAUUCAGAAGACAGCAGUUCUUCUUCGGAUUCUCGUCAAAAAUCAUCUCCCAAGUCAUUAAAACCAAAAUCGAAAAAAUUGACGUUAUCGGGACCUAGUAGAUCCGGACAUAAAAAGGUGGUGGAUGAUAACGAAGAGUUGCCGGAGGAAGAGCAGACAGUCAAACGGUCAAUCAAGAAGAAGAAAUCCAUAAAAAAACAUAAGCAUGCGCAAAAAAGUAAACUCGAAAAGGUUGAAGAGGAAAAUUCUAAUGAUAAAGACGAUGAGGAAGAUGACGAAUCAGAUUCUGAAGGAGACGAUACUCCUCUCGCUCUCAAGACUACGCCGAAAAUCAGAAUCGCUGCUCCUAACGGAACCGUAAAAAAAAACGGAGAAGUAAUUGAAGCUUGGCUUGACGAUGUCUCCGCUAAUUCAAGUCCUGAGCCUGAAAUUAACACGCGAAACCGACGACCUUCAUCCAGCUAUGUACAAACACCAUCCAGCCCUCUAGGACCUGGUCGUAAAUCGUCUCUUACACCAGAACCUGCAUCGGUCCCGGGAAAUCGUCGACCUCGUUCCACAGCUGAUAAUAUUCAUCCACCAGAAUUACACCUUCGAUCACAGCCACGAAAGAGAGCCAACAGUGAAUAUGUACCUAAAAGAAAUAGCUAUAUUCCGGAACCACAACUCACGCAAGUUGGCCGAAUAUCGCCAAGUCCACGGCAGGAUUCAGGAUACUGGGCUCGGGACACUUUGGCAGCAUUAUCAGGAGACUCUCGUCAUUUAAAUUUGAUGAAUGAUCCAAAUUCGAAUUUUAUGCCCAAUAAUUCACAAAACAGGAGUGAUAGACACCCACAACAUCGAGAUAGUAUCGGUUCCUCAUCAUAUGGUAGUCGACCACAUUCGCCACAAAUUCCUUCUCCAACGUCCCAAUACUCAAGAUCAAAGGAUUUGUUAGGCGCUUCACCAAAUAACAGACAGAGUUACUAUAUGGUCAACAACAAUAAUAAUGUUCAUCGUCGGGUCAGCUCUGAUCAUCUUACGGUGGCUACCAACAGGGCUUCGUACUAUCAACAGCAACCACCUUCGCCUCAGCAAAAGCACAGAGUGCGCUAA